AGUGUCAUUAAUAGGUUAAGUGAAAAAAGGUUCUUUUAGGGGAAAUAAUAAAUACUAUUUUUAUAGAAAAUUAAAACCCCUAGUUAAUCAUGUGUUUGCAAUACAAGUAGGUAACUACUUGUAGACAAAAUAAAAGACAAACAAAAACAAAAAGUUAAUAAUAAAACGGAACCAAACAAACUAAACAAAUGGCAUCGAUUUUAGACAUGAGAACUAACAACUUGAGUCCCAGUAGUUUCGAUUACUGGACUCAGGAAAUAACCAAUUUCUUCACACCACUCAAAUACUUACUGGCAAAUUCAAGAUUGGAACUAUUCCUUAAGGAUGUUGAUGUUAAUUAUAUUGUCAAUACGGUUUUUUGGAUUUUCCUGAUGUUCACACUGGGUUUUUGUGGAUUUUAUCAUUUAUUCCACGUUUUUUUCAAAUCACCAAAUGUCAAAUUCUACAAACGGAAACAAUUUGCUCGAUCUAUUUGGAAUAUUGCAUUUUAUGCAGCUUCAACUAUUUUCCUUUAUUACUACAACGAAUACUUGAUCUCACCUCAGUUGGUACGAAAUGCUGGCCGACUAUUUCCCACCUACGAAAAUACAAUUUUCUAUAAGUCACAAUCUUGUGAAAAAUUUCAACUUUACUCUUUAUUCAUUACAACAUUUUAUCUACAUGGAGCUAUGCUGGAUUUUAAGGAAUGUGAUUAUUCUGAAGCCGCAUCGAAGACACUUUACGCACUUGCUUUAGUUUCAAUAAAUGGAUAUAAGUUUGAAAACUAUUUUGUUGGAUUAAACCUGAAUUUGGGAAUUUACAAUAUCAUAACCGAGUGUUUGUUUCUAAUGGCCUUACAGAACUCCCAUCGAAAUCGUUUGGUGUAUCAAGUUUUUCUAGGACUACGGAUUGCAUCAUGGUCCCAUGUCUUCAUAAGUUUGCUCCCAUUUAAAUACCUUGUUCCAACUCUUUUCGCAAAAAAUUUUAAAAUUCUACUUAAUGUUGUAAUAUGGUUAUGGUAUGGCCUAUCAAUAUGGAAUUCACCUGUUUUGCAGUAUUUUAACCAUCAAAUCUAUCACAAUUCACCAAUUGAUUGUUCGGGUGAAGGAUCUGCUGCAAAGUGUAUUCUGCUUAAGGACUCAAGUGAACAUCGGCACUUUAAGGCUUUGAAGAAAGCAUACUACGAAGUAAAAUUGGCUCAUGAAAAGCUAACAGCUUGUGUAACGACAGCAUCGACAUCAGAAAAUUCAUCGGCAAAGACUUUUCAAGCUAUUAAAUGUAUUAUGACGCUCAAAAGGAAACUCAAACGUAUUCGAGAAGGACGUGGUGAAUCUGUUUAUGAUGCAGGUGAAAUUACACCUGAUACACCCACUGAAGCUGAAUAAGGAGUACAUUGUGAAGAUGGAAAGAUGACAGACGAAAGAGAAGCUCAAUUAGGCUAUUUAACUUAUAAUAUUAUUUAUUUUCUUAUUUUAACCAAGUCUAGUUUCGAUAAAGAGGCUAAGUGUGCCUAUUGGUCUUACCACCUUCAAAUAAUAUAACAAUUUUGAACUUGAAAAACCAAAACUGUUCCGUUGUCAAAUUUAAUUUCACUUCUGCUUUAUAUCUUAACUCAGAGUUGCUUAUCAAUGCAGCUAAAUUAAAAAAAAAUACGGAUCUAUUAUAUUAUUUCAACCUUGUGAUAUUCUGAGAAAGAUCUUUUGAUAUCUAUAGUAUAAUGUACUUUUCUCUAUAUUUUAUUAUUAUUUUACAUAAGUUAUACGAGAAAGUAGCGUUCACCUUAAUUUAAAACAACCUUUUUAUUUUUAUUUCAGCACUUUUAAUAGAGAAGUUUUUUUUUAGUAGUCCCUUUAUUUAUUAUGAAUCUUUGAUUAAGCAACAAAAAAGACACUAUUUUUGAUGAUGAUCUUAGUAAAUGAAAAUAUGUAAUUCCUAUAAGAUUAAAAGUAAUUUGUGUGUUUGCGUUUUCGAAUAUUGAAAUGUACCUAAACCAUAAUACCUGUUAUUGCUUUGCAUCAUAAUGAAUAUUACUAUAUAUUAUAUAUUAUACACUUGCAAGAUUUUAAGUUUUUUUUCGUAUUUCCAAAUAAAA